AUGUUAGAGAGAGUGAUAUCGUUCCCCAUCGGCCCGUGGAGCUGGUACUAUAUGGCUAGCAGCAGCAGCAGCAGCAGCAAAAGCAGCAGCAAAAGCAGCAAAAGCAGUAGGCGCAGGAGCAGGAUAGAGUCUCGUCAACUGGUUCACAAGAAGGAGACAGAGGAGGACUAUUUGAUCAUGCUGGCCACGGUUGCCAUUACGUAUCAUGCCACGGCUCUUCCUCGGAACUGGGAUCAACAAAAGGCUUGCUCUGCUCCGUCCAUGCCUCGUGUUGCAGAGCGCAUGGUCAAGGAGAUGAAGGCGAGGGGUUUUCUGGUCCGCUGGCUGUCACUGGCCGGAAGCUGUUCCGAUCGAGGACUUGUGGUGUAG